AUGCCGACAUCUGAGAAUGACCCGCAUGUCUCGGUGAACUUCUUUCACUCAUCAAGAUUUCUCACGGCUCUUCUCAUACUAGUGUGCAUGGUACAAUCAGCCACAUACGGUUAUGACGGUUCCAUGAUGAACGGGCUCAACAUCCUGCCUUCCUAUACAGGUUAUUUUAGUCUCAACACCGUGAACACCGCAUUGAACACUUCCGCCGUCGGCAUUGGAAACUGCGUCGCUGGCUUUUUCAAUGGCAUGAUGUGUGACUAUUUUGGCCGGCGUCUCACACUGUUCUACGCCUCUUGCAUAGCCUUAGUGGGUAUUAUCAUACAAUCUGCAGCUCAGAAUACUGGGAUGUUCAUUGCUGGCCGUAUAAUUAUCGGCUUCGGCGUUGGGGUAUCUUCCGCAGCAUCACCCACUUACCUAUCUGAAGUGGUACCCAGCAAAUGGCGUGCAUUCACCCUCGGCCUCUACUAUGACUGCUGGUACGUUGGCGCUCUCAUUGCAGCGGGGGUUACAUAUGGCACCGCAAAAUUGGAUUCAACAUGGGCAUGGAGAGCUCCAUCCAUCCUGCAGGGCUUGUUCAGUGUAGUUUGUAUUAUUCUUUUACCUUUUGUUCCUGAGUCUCCACGUUGGUUGGUCUACCAGGGCCGUAGCCAGGAAGCUCUUGAGGCCCUUGCAGCCGCAAACUCUGAUGGGGACACUUCUCAUGAAGAAGUUCUGAUUCAAUUCAGCGAGAUCACAGCUGCUAUCCAGUGGGAGAAAAGCCAAGGAGAGAAAUUGACACUUGUAGAGACGGUCAAGACCCCUUCUAAUCGCAAACGGAUGAUGCUGUCUAUCUCAGUUGCGAUAUUUUCAAUGAUUUCAGGGAACAAUAUCAUUUCGUAUUAUUUAGGUGACAUGCUGGAUAAUUCGGGAAUAACAAACACCACCACCCAACUGGAAAUCAAUAUCAUUCUCAAUUGCUUCUGUCUUCUCAUCAGCAUCAUGGGCACCGCGUAUGCCGAUCGUCUGGGUCGUCGUACUCUGGCGAUUAGUAGCACUGCGCUGCUCACGCUCUUCAUUUUCAUCAUGGGCGGAUUGACCAAGCUCUACGGUACCACGUCAAACAUGUCAGGCAUAUACGCGACAGUGGCAUCUAUCUUCCUCUUUCAGGGGAGCUAUAGCUUUGGCUGGACGCCUCUGAGUGUGAUAUACCCACCGGAAGUAUUGCAUUAUUCAAUUCGAGCUAACGGGAUGGGUGUAUACACGUUCUUUGCUUCUGGGUUCGGGCUCUUGGCUACCUUCGCUUUCCCCAUUGGGCUUGAGAAGAUUGGCUGGAAGAUCUAUAUGAUCAAUGGUGCUUGGGAUGUAUUGGAACUGCUUUUCGUGAUUUUCUUCUGGGUUGAGACGAAAGGGAAAACGUUGGAGGAGAUUGAUGAGUUGUUGGAUGAUGCAAAGCGUAAUGCUGUUCGUGAUCUGGCCUUCCUUGAAAAGAAUGCUGGUGAGGUUAUUAUCGGCCAAGAGGUAGUUGAGACUCAGAAAAUUGCCCCCAAGAAUUCCAAGGACAAGUAG